UGCGUGCCUGCGUGUGUGCGUGCGUGUGUGUGUGUGUAAGGAUACACAGCAGUAGAAUAGUAGGAAGCACUGCUCUCUGACUUCUUUCCUCCUCACAGCGCUUUUCCUCCUUCAUUCGUCUGCUGAGCCGUGAACAUGGACACACACUUACACACACUCUUCUUACUAACGCUGCUGAACUUCUCCACAUACAGCGGGUUCCUAAUCAGACACACGAGUAAAGGUGUGUGUGUGACGGUUCAGGGCGGAGUGGUUGUAGUUCUGCGGAUCUGUGAUGUGAAGAACCCAUCUCAGGACUGGACGUGGACUGCGGACAGGAAGCUGAAACACACCCACUCGGCCGUGUGUUUAUGGGUGAACCUGAGUGUGGGCAUGCCCUCUCACGCCCGCCUGGUGAAGACACACCCUUGUAACUCUGCGCCUGCGUGGAAAUGUUAUGAUGAGUUUGGGACCUUCGGGCUGGAAAUGUUGCCUCUGUACCUGCAGAAACAGGGCGAGCGGGUCGUGGUCCGGUCGGAACCCAAACACUCCAACUGGACCCGGUACACAGGGCACAAAGUGGAGCUGACACACAUUUGCUCCCACACAGGUCCUUCAACAGUUGCUAAAACCACAGGAGUGAUAACAACGGUGAGGAUCCCUCUAACAUCCUACAACACAGCUAGAACCAGAACCAAAAGGACCCGGACCACUGGUACCUUUAAUAAAGACAAACUGACUCACACAGUUGGACCAGAACUUCUCAACCUGGCGAAACAGGAAGCCAUCUCUGUCACGCAGUUCCCUUCUGAAAAGAGAAAUGUGAUGAGUAAUGUCACGGCGGUUUCAGAUUUCCUCCAGGACAUGCGCCAGAGAACAGACAUGACCUCAGAGUUUAUUCCCACUCAAAGGCGCAAUAUGGUGACAUCACUUCCUGAAAACACACGCUUCAGAUCUCCAACUGCAGGGAACUUCUCCAACUCCUCCAACUCCUCUAACUCCUCCUCCACUGCUUCUGUCUUCUCAACAUCAAUAACUGAAGCAGCUGAAACUCAGACUGACAUCAAAAGUGUAAAACACAUGACAACACGGUCACAUGUCACAGGAAGCCGACACUCUGUAAUGUCUAGAGCAGCGCUAAGCAAAACUCAGACAUCACGCAUGAAGACUGCAACCACAACCACAGCUGCCCCCAGAGUGACCACAACUGCCCCUAGAGUGACCACGAUGGAGACUACAAUUGCCCCUACAGUGACUGAAACACUGAGUGAAAACACAUCUACUGCAGCUUUUACAUCAGCUACAACCAAACCCAGAACUGCAGAUACUCAAACAACCAUGACUGCCCCUGUACCCCAAACUACUACUAGAUUUACAUCUGCUCCUGAGACUAGAGCAGCUCCAACCACAAAUGGACUUGUACCUAAAUCUAUUAGGGCAACUAAUUCUAAAAGUGUAACUACACUCAGGACUGUAACUACAGCAAUUGGAGCAAAUGCAACAUCCUUUAUUACUACUGCAGCUCCAACUACAACUGCCCCUGGAACUGCUUCAACUCCAAAUACAGCUACUCCUGUAACUGUUUUGGCUCCAAGUACACCUGCCCCUAUAACUACAGCUAGCACAGCAACUAGACCUAUAACCAAAGCUCCCAGGUCCACCACAAUUACCCCUAUUAAUAAAGCGAGAAGGGUAACUAUAUCUACCCAUGCAAUAUCUAUAGCUCUAACUACAUCUCUAGCCGCAAUUGGCUCAACAAAUACAGCUAAUGAAGCAAAUGCAGCUUCAUCAAUAACUACAACUACUGAGGCAUCUACAACUGCCCCAAUAACUACAACUACUGAAGCAACUACAACUGCCCCAAUAAUUACAACUACUGAGGCAACUACAAUUGCCCAAAUAAUUAUAACUACUGAGGCAACUACAACUGCCCCAAUAACUACAACUCCUGGGGCAACUACAACUGCCACAAUAACUACAACUACUGAGACAACUACAAUUGCCCCAAUAAUUACAACUCCUGGGGCAACUACAACUGCCCCAAUAACUACAACUACUGAGGCAACUACAACUGCCCCAAUAAUUACAACUACUGAGGUAACUACAACUGUUCCAAUAACUACAACUACUAGAGAAACAAAGUCUAGAAUGGCACCUACAGGAGCAAUUACGACUGCAGAGAGUCUGACUACUGAACCUCCAACAACAACCACUCCAACUACCACUGUGACCUCCACCACAUUCACCACCUCCACCAUGCCUCAGCGUGAAACCACAGAGAAACAGGUCAGGUGUGUGGUCAACCAAACUGAAGCCAUCAUUAACUCAAACUCGUCUGUGAUUGAGUUCGGAUCAGCAGGACACUUCUGUAUUUUCACUCUGAUCAACCGUGAAACUGGAUCUCAGAUAACCAACUGCUCUCAGAUCCAAACCCACAGCAACAGGUUUACCUGUGAGGUAUCAGGUCUGAAACCUGGCACUGUGUAUCAUUUUGGAAUUAUUUCCCAAACCGAUGGAGAGCAUUUCAACAUUUCACUUCAGACCGAUCCAGCUCAGCCCUCAGGUCUUGAGAUUACUCCAGAUGUUUCCCUCAGUCCUGGAUUGUGGAUAAAGUGGCUCCGAUCCCCAGGGCAUGUUGAGUGGUAUGAGUUGGUACUUUUAGACUUGAGGAUGGAUUUCCUGAAGAAAAAGAAGAUUUCAGGCAAUGCUGUGACACGCUCCAACUUCACCAACCUCAUCCCGGGGACACGCUACACACUCCGCCUAGUGGCCAAGUCUGGGAACAAGACAUCUGUAGCUGCUACAGGGAAUGCAGUGAUAGCUCCAUCAGCAGUAAGCAGUCUGAACGUCUCCGCCGUCUCCACCAGCAUCAGGGUUUCCUGGCAGCCAGGGCCUGGACACACAGAGGAAUUCUGGGUAAUGCUGAGUCAUGAAGAUGCACUGAUCCAGAACCAGACGUUUAAAAACACUGUAACGUCAUGCACUCUGAACGGCCUUAGUCCAGGAGCGCUGUAUACGGUCACUGUGGUCACGGAAGCAUUCAGGAAACAACAAAAUGCAACAAAAGACAUUCGGACAGUUCCUGCUCCAGUAACCGAGCUAAAACUGGAGAACGGUGGCAGUGAGGACUCAUUAAACACCUCCUGGACUCCUGCAGAAGGAGAAGUGGAUGAAUACCUGAUCUCCUUAACUUCCUCUUCCUCCUCCACUGAACAGGAAGCUGUGCUCUCCCCCAACACAUCCCAUUGGCUCUUCAGCAGACUGACACCUGGACGGGUCUAUCAGGUGUCAGUGAGGACUAAGAGUGGGGAACUCAGCACUGAGGCUAAAGCUACAGGUAGAACAGUUCCUGCUCCAGUAACCGAGCUAAAACUGGAGAACGGUGGCAGUGAGGACUCAUUAAACACCUCCUGGACUCCUGCAGAAGGAGAAGUGGAUGAAUACCUGAUCUCCUUAACUUCCUCUUCCUCCUCCACUGAACAGGAAGCUGUGCUCUCCCCCAACACAUCCCAUUGGCUCUUCAGCAGACUGACACCUGGACGGGUCUAUCAGGUGUCAGUGAGGACUAAGAGUGGCGAACUCAGCACUGAGGCUAAAGCUGCAGGUAGAACAGUUCCUGCUCCAGUAACCGAGCUAAAACUGGAGAACGGUGGCAGUGAGGACUCAUUAAACACCUCCUGGACUCCUGCAGAAGGAGAAGUGGAUGAAUACCUGAUCUCCUUAACUUCCUCUUCCUCCUCCACUGAACAGGAAGCUGUGCUCUCCCCCAACACAUCCCAUUGGCUCUUCAGCAGACUGACACCUGGACGGGUCUAUCAGGUGUCAGUGAGGACUAAGAGUGGCGAACUCAGCACUGAGGCUAAAGCUGCAGGUAGAACAGUUCCUGCUCCAGUAACCGAGCUAAAACUGGAGAACGGUGGCAGUGAGGACUCAUUAAACACCUCCUGGACUCCUGCAGAAGGAGAAGUGGAUGAAUACCUGAUCUCCUUAACUUCCUCUUCCUCCUCCACUGAACAGGAAGCUGUGCUCUCCCCCAACACAUCCCAUUGGCUCUUCAGCAGACUGACACCUGGACGGGUCUAUCAGGUGUCAGUGAGGACUAAGAGUGGCGAACUCAGCACUGAGGCUAAAGCUGCAGGUAGAACAGUUCCUGCUCCAGUAACCGAGCUAAAACUGGAGAACGGUGGCAGUGAGGACUCAUUAAACACCUCCUGGACUCCUGCAGAAGGAGAAGUGGAUGAAUACCUGAUCUCCUUAACUUCCUCUUCCUCCUCCACUGAACAGGAAGCUGUGCUCUCCCCCAACACAUCCCAUUGGCUCUUCAGCAGACUGACACCUGGACGGGUCUAUCAGGUGUCAGUGAGGACUAAGAGUGGGGAACUCAGCACUGAGGCUAAAGCUGCAGGUAGAACAGUUCCUGCUCCAGUAACCGAGCUAAAACUGGAGAACGGUGGCAGUGAGGACUCAUUAAACACCUCCUGGACUCCUGCAGAAGGAGAAGUGGAUGAAUACCUGAUCUCCUUAACUUCCUCUUCCUCCUCCACUGAACAGGAAGCUGUGCUCUCCCCCAACACAUCCCAUUGGCUCUUCAGCAGACUGACACCUGGACGGGUCUAUCAGGUGUCAGUGAGGACUAAGAGUGGCGAACUCAGCACUGAGGCUAAAGCUGCAGGUAGAACAGUUCCUGCUCCAGUAACCGAGCUAAAACUGGAGAACGGUGGCAGUGAGGACUCAUUAAACACCUCCUGGACUCCUGCAGAAGGAGAAGUGGAUGAAUACCUGAUCUCCUUAACUUCCUCUUCCUCCUCCACUGAACAGGAAGCUGUGCUCUCCCCCAACACAUCCCAUUGGCUCUUCAGCAGACUGACACCUGGACGGGUCUAUCAGGUGUCAUUGAGGACUAAGAGUGGCGAACUCAGCACUGAGGCUAAAGCUGCAGGUAGAACAGUUCCUGCUCCAGUAACCGAGCUAAAACUGGAGAACGGUGGCAGUGAGGACUCAUUAAACACCUCCUGGACUCCUGCAGAAGGAGAAGUGGAUGAAUACCUGAUCUCCUUAACUUCCUCUUCCUCCUCCACUGAACAGGAAGCUGUGCUCUCCCCCAACACAUCCCAUUGGCUCUUCAGCAGACUGACACCUGGACGGGUCUAUCAGGUGUCAGUGAGGACUAAGAGUGGCGAACUCAGCACUGAGGCUAAAGCUGCAGGUAGAACAGUUCCUGCGAGGCCAAUGUGGUGUAAGUUAAUGCCUCUCGGUGACCCUGUGUCUCUUAGGCUGUCCUGGUCACCCACUGUAGGACAGUGGGAAUAUUACAAAGUGCAGCUGCUCAAUGAUUCAUUUGUGAUAAUGAAUCAAAUGGUAGACAGAGAAGCAAAGGACUUUUUGUUCACCAGUAGAUCCUUUCUCCCCGGGAGAUUGUACAGUGCCAAGAUCACUGUGUUUAGCGGUUCUUUAACCAACACACAGUCCUGCCAAGCAAGACUGGCCCCUGGGCGUGUUCAGAAGCUUCUUGUCCAUCAUAAUGAUGAGUCGUCAGUGUAUGUUCAGUGGCACCCCCCUCUGGGAGAGUGGGAGGAAUAUUCUGUCUAUCUGACAGAUGUAGGAGGAGAGGUGAAGAAAAGACAGACACUAAGCAGAGAGAUAAAUGAGUGCAGCUUUCAUGACCUCACACCUGGAAAAGAGUAUAAUAUCACCGUGGUAACACACAGUGGAGACCUGAACAGCUCUACCACCAUCAACACCCACACCAUUCCAGCCAGUGUCACACAGCUGAAUGUCAAUAAUGAGGGUACGACUGAUUCUCUGCGUGUGAGCUGGACUAAAGCGGAAGGAGAUGUUGACCUGUACCGCAUGCUGCUUAUUCAGAACAUCAUUGUGAUCAGAAAUGAGAGUGUGACAUCACAGCAGUCAUCAUAUAGCUUCCAUAUGUUGAAGAGCGGUACCCCCUACAGGGUGGUGGUGAUCAGCAUGAAGAACGGUGUGUCCUCCAAACAGAGAGUGUCUGAGGGGUGCACAGUGCCUGCAGCGGUGGGUGGAGUCUCAGUCAGUAAUAACGGUCGGACAGAUUUCCUCAGCGUGUGGUGGAGACCGGCGCAGGGGCAAGUGGACAAGUACACGGUCACACUCAGUCACCAUGGCAACAUCAUACACACACACACUGUGCUGAAGUCCACCUCCGAGUGUGUGUUCAACUCACUGGUGUCCGGUCGCCUAUACAACAUCAGCGUCAACACACACAGUGGGGUGUACACCAACCGCACAGUGGUGCAGGAGAGAACACAGCCAUCUCCUGUGCUGACGCCGUGUGUUACACACAUGGCACGUGAUGACUCUUUGAGGGUGUACUGGCGACAUCCUGCUGGAGAUUUCGACUUUUACCAGAUAGUUGUUCAACACAACAGUGUGAUCCAACACAACACCACAGUCACACAGUCCCAGGAUGAGUGUGUGUUCACUAACCUCGUCCCAGGACGAUUGUACAUAGUCAUCAUCAGCACUUGGAGCGGCACGUACGAGGCCACUGUGUCCACCCACGGGAGAACACUCCCCGCUGGUGUGCGUAACCUGACGUUGUUGUCUCAGGGGACACAGGAGUUGGGCGUGGCGUGGGCGUCAGCUGUAGGAGAUGUGGAUCAUUAUGAGGUUCAGAUCGUGUUUAAUGAUAUGAAGGUGUUUCACCCGGUCACUCUGAGCAGCAGUACGACUCAGCACGUCCUCUCACUGCUCACGCCCGGACGGCUCUACAAGAUCAUCGUGUCCACCUUCAGUGGCCCCAAUCUCAGUACACGCUUCAUUGAAGGGAGGACAGUACCGAGUAAAGUGAAGAACAUCCACGUCAGUAAUGUAGAGGAGACAUCAAGUCUGCGUGUGAGCUGGACUCCGGCUCAGGGUGAUGUGGACAGUUACUGUGUGUUUCUGAUUGGUCCAGGCGGAGUCAUGGAGACACGCCCCACCCCCAAACAUGUUAAUGAGAUAACCUUCAGUUCAUUACAGCCUGGAGAAAAAUACAGCAUCCGAGUGCAGUCUAUCAGUGGGAAUUUACAUAACAACAACACUGUUACAGCACGUACAGUGCCUUCCCCGGGGACAUCAGUGCAUGUGGACAGUAGUGUGAGUCUGAGCAGUGUGUGUGUGAGGUGGUCCGUGGGGAAAGGUGUGUGUGAUGGGUUUAGUGUGUUGCUGCAGGAUGAGAGAGGGUCGGUAUUGAGGAAUGUCACACUGCCACCUGUCUCACUGCAGCACGAGUUCACACAGCUCACUCCAGGCAGGAAGUACUGCAUCCUCAUACACACCCUGAGCGGCGGGAUACAGAGCAGAGCGGCCAUCACACACACACGCACACUCCCAGCACCAGUCACCGAUCUGUCCGUCCUGAGCCGAUCAUCAUCAUCCCUGUCUCUUGGUUGGUCUCGUCCUGUGGGGGAUUUUGACAGCUUUGUGGUUUACUUGUACAGAGGUGACAGCUCUCUGCAGGAGCAGUGCAGUGGAGGAGCGAACAUGAUGAGCUGCUCCUUCUCUCACCUGAGACCUGGAACUGAAUACAGAGCCACAGUUCUGACAAAGAGUGCAGAACUCAGCAGCAAAAACUACAUCCAUGCCCGCACAGUGCCGGAAGCCGUGUCCUCAGUGUGUGUGGAGAGCAGGAACAGGACAGACGUGCUGUAUGUGAGCUGGAAACCUGCUGCAGGUGAAGUGAGCGGAUACACAGUCACCCUGUAUGACUCGACUCAAUCCCAGCAUGCCAUGCAGCAUCUGAGCUCUGACAUCACACAGCUGGAGUUCCAUGGACUUGUACCUGGACGCCUCUACUAUGCCAACAUCACCACACACAGCGCUAACCUCUCCAACAUAGCUACCUCCAUCGCCAGGACCGCUCCAAAGCCACCAUCAUUGUUCUCCUAUGGAGAUGUGACCAACACGUCAGCGGAGGUGAAAUGGGCAGGGCCAAAUGGAUCAGAUUAUGAUGACUUUGAUCUGCAGUGGUCUCCGGGUGACGCUCUGUCGGUGAUUAACCCGUAUCAGAGCACCACGUUACACCGCCGCCUGCUGAGGGGCCUGUACCCGGGACGACUGUACACACUCCGCCUCUGCACCGUCAGCCACACAGGAGGACAUGCUACAUACAGCCAACAUGUCUUCAUACACAUCCGCACCAAGCCUCAGAGGAUCUCAAGUCUGCACUGCCGGCCGCUGAACUCAUCUGAGGUGUUGUGUUCGUGGAGCCCCCCACAGGCUGAUUUUGACUGGUACAGGGUGGAGUGUUUCCGUCAGGACUCGGGUGUGUUGGUGAUCUCCAAUCGAAUGCCGCGCAACUCCACACUGUACCACAUCACAAACCUGGAACCUUACAAAAGCUACAACAUCUCCAUUACAGUCAUCUCCAACAACGUGGCCAGUGAGGCAGCCGAGCAGAACACCAGCACCAUGAUCGACCGCCCCCCACUGCCCCCCCUGUCCAUUCGGGUCAGUAAAAGCAUCGUCCACAUCACUAAGUCCUCCAUCUUCUUCCGUUUUGACUGCAGCUGGUUCAGUGACGCUAAUGGAGCUGUCCAGUACUUCAGCAUCAUCGUAACAGAGUCUGAUGAGAGUGAAGAUGUUCAGCCUGAACAGCGCCACCCGCUGCCGUCCUACAGGGAUUACAUCAAUAACACUUCAGUGAAGGUGUAUCAGUCAGGAUAUUUCCCCAGCAAUUGUGACUAUGGACUCGGCUCCACACACACUUUCAACAUCACACUGGGCUCAGGCAUGGACAUUCUCGGGGGGAAGUGUGAACACACACCCACACACACACUGAGCACGGACACAGAGCGCGGUGUGUACUGCGAUGGCCCUCUGAAACCCAACACUGCCUACAGAGUAAGUGUGCGAGCGUUCACACGGCUAGCUUCAUCUCCUCUCUUUAGAGAUACCUUCCUCUCUCCACCUUUAGUCACAGACACAGAGCCUCUAGUGGGUGUGAUUGAGGGAGUAAGUGCUGGACUCUUCCUCAUCCUCUCAAUGGUGGGAAUCAUCAUCAUCCUCAUCUGCAGACACAAAACACACAAAGUUGUACAGGAGCCAAUGGUGCGGAUAAAUGUAAGAAGAGACAGAACGACAUCAAUCUCGAGAAUCAGAGGGAAUCGACGCAUAUCAAGUCCGAUUAACAUCUUAAACUUCGAGGUUCAUCUGACUAAACUGCAAGCUGACUCCAACUACCUGCUGUCUCAGGAAUACGAGGAUCUGAAGGAAGUGGGUCGGAACCAGCCUCUGGACACGGCGUUACUGCCGGAAAACCGAGGAAAAAACCGCUACAACAACAUCCUACCAUAUGAUUCGACUCGAGUGAAACUGUCCUGUGUGGAUGAUGAUCCGAGUUCAGACUACAUAAACGCCAGCUACAUUCCUGGGAAUAAUUUCAGGCGUGAGUACAUCGCCACACAGGGACCACUACCUGGCACUAAAGAUGAUUUCUGGAAAAUGGUGUGGGAGCAGAACGUCCACUACAUUGUCAUGGUGACGCAGUGUGUGGAGAAAGGACGGGUGAAAUGUGACCACUACUGGCCAUUUGAUCAGGACCCACUGUAUUAUGGAGACCUGAUCGUGCGGAUGCAGUCCGAGUCAGUUCUACCAGAGUGGACCAUCCGGGAGUUUAAGAUCUGUAGUGAGGAUCAGUUGAAUUACUGUAGAACUGUGCGUCAGUUCCACUACACCGUGUGGCCCGAUCAUGGAGUUCCUGAAAGCACUCAGUCUCUGGUGCAGUUUGUUCGCACUGUGAGAGAUUACAUCAACAGAACCCCGGGUUCCGGACCUUCCAUCAUCCACUGCAGUGCUGGGGUGGGCCGUACUGGAACCUUCAUUGUUCUGGACCGGGUUCUGCAGCAGCUAAACACUAAAGACACAGUGGACAUUUAUGGUGCUGUGUUUGACCUGAGACUGCAUCGCUCACACAUGGUGCAGACUGAGAGUCAGUACACAUACCUGCACCAGUGUGUGCGUGACGUUCUUCGUGCAAGAAAGUUACGGAGUGAGCAAGAGAACCCGCUGUAUCCUGUCUACGAGAACGUGCCUCCAGAGAACCACUGGGACAGAGUGCACAUGCGCCGUUAAAACUGCAUGGACCGGAUGAAGACUUCACUGUUGAAACACUGAAUUAAAUGUAUAUUAAUUUUAUUUUUAUAGAUCAUGUGUAAGUAUUAUAAACACUGUGUAUACUGUUUAUAAAUCUCGUACAUAAGCUACUGUACAGGACUGAGUGAAUGUUAACAUACAAAAUUAAGACUUUUUAUUGCAAGUUUUUGAGUAUAAUUUUGAACUUGGUUUAUUAUCAUUACAGUG